AUGGAAAGACACACCACCCCUAGACCUCACCCAUGCCCAAAGUGUGACAGAGGAUUCUACUUCAACAGUAAUCUGAACAGGCACAUGGAAGGACACACCGCCCCUAGACCUCACCCAUGCCUAAAGUGUGACAGAGGAUUCUACCUCAAGAGUAAUCUGAACAAGCACGUGGAAGGACACACCACCCCUAGACCUCACCCAUGCCCAAAGUGUGACAGAGGAUUCUACUUCAAGAGUAAUCUGAACAAGCACGUGGAAGGACACACCACCCCUAGACCUCACCCAUGCCCAAAUUGUGACAGAGGAUUCUACUUCAAGAGUAAUCUGAACAAACACAUGGAAAGACACACCACCCCUAGACCUCACCCAUGCCCAAAGUGUGACAGAGGAUUCUACUUCAAGAGUAAUCUUCAGAAACACAUGGAAGGACACACCGCCCCUAGGCCUCACCUAUGCCCAAAGUGUGAUAGAGGAUUCUACUUCAAGAGUAAUCUGAACAAGCACAUGGAAAGACACACCACCCCUAGACCUCACCCAUGCCUAAAGUGUGACAGAGGAUUCUACUUCAACAGUAAUCUGAACAAGCACAUGGAAGGAUACACCGCCCCUAGACCUCACCCAUGCCUAAAGUGUGACAGAGGAUUCUACCUCAAGAGUAAUCAGAACAAGCACGUGGAAGGACACACCACCCCUAGACCUCACCCAUGCCCAAAGUGUGACAGAGGAUUCUACUUCAAGAGUAAUCUGAACAAACACAUGGAAGGACACACCACCCCUAGACCUCACCCAUGCCUAAAGUGUGACAGAGGAUUCUACUUCAAGAGUAAUCUGAACAAGCACGUGGAAGGACACACCACCCCUAGACCUCACCCAUGCCCAAAGUGUGAUAGAGGAUUCUACUUCAAGAGUAAUCUGAACAAACACAUGGAAGGACACACCACCCCUAGACCUCACCCAUGCCCAAAGUGUGACAGAGGAUUCUACUUCAAGAGUAAUCUGAACAAGCACGUGGAAGGACACACCACCCCUAGACCUCACCCAUGUCCAAAGUGUGACAGAGGAUUCUACUCGUAG